AUGACCGUGUCUUUAGCGCUGAAUCAUGCCCGAAACUUCUUAGCUCGUCACAUGCUUCUAACAAACAUUGGAACAAGUUGCGCCCAAAUCGGAACUGCCGACAUAAUUCAGCAACACAUUAAUGGAGAUGUCGAUCGCGACGGAUGGGAUUGGCGGCGAACAUGUAGAAUGGCUGCGAUUGGAUUAGUCAUGGCUCCGAGUUUGCACUGCUUCUAUCGUGUUUUGGAUACAAGGAAAUUCAAAGGGUCCAAAAACUGUCGGGUGUUGAAAAAGUUGGCUUGGGAUACGUCGUUCAUUCCGUUCUUUUCCUGUACUUUCAUUACUGUGGGAGCCAUCUAUGAAGGAAAGUCCCCGAAGGCUGCAUUUGCUGAGUAUCGUCGGAAAAUGUGGCAUAUCUGGAAAGUCGAUUUCACGCUUUGGCCUCCGGCACAACUAAUCAAUUUCUACUUUUUGCCACCCGCCUUACGAGUAGUUUAUGUGAACCUGGUCUCGUUACUGUACAACUGUAUCAUGUCCUACAUUAAAAAUAAUGAGCUACACCAUCCCCAUUAG